GAACGCCCCCUGCCUCGCUUGGCGGCCGCGCUUUUUGCGACAGAGUGGCGGAAGUGGCGUCGCGCUCGUCCUCGCUUGACGACCGCCGGGCAAAAUGAGCCUCUACGACCUCUUUCGGGGCUUCUUCGGCUUCCAGGGGGGGCCCAGGCCCCGCGACCCCUUCUUUGGGGGCAUCACGAGGGAGGAUGAUGAGGAGGAGGAGGAUGACGAGGAUGAAGGCGGUGGCCCCUCCUUCGGGCCCGGCGGCUUCGGCGGCUUCGGUGGCUUCGGCGGCUUCGGCUUCCCCUUCGGCCCCGGCGGGAUGCGCUUCCACGACGCCUUUGGGUUCGAGGAGCUCUUCUGGGACUUCAACGACCUCUUCAGCGAAAUGGGGGCCGUGGGGACGCCCGGCCGGCCCUUGGAGAUCCCAGGCAUGGCGGCCCCCCCGCAGGCCGACCCCUCCUUCCCGAAGAGGCGGACAUUACGGGACUCGAUGCUCAAGUAUCCGGACAGCCCUGGUCCCCGGGACGGAGCCGCGGACGAUGGGCUGCGUCUUCCGGAGAAGAAGCCCUGGCCUCCCUUCAAGGCGCCGCCAGAGGAUCUUCCGGCUCCAGCGGAGGCUCCCAAAGAGGAUGGAGACCUGGACUUGCGCGUCCGCUCCGAAGGCCUCCGCACGGUCCUCCCGCCACCUGCCCAGCCCCGCUCCUACUUCCAAAGCGUCUCUGUCACCAAAGUGAUGGCACCAGACGGGACAGUGGAGGAGCGCCGGACGGUGCGUGACAGCCAGGGCCACGAGGAGACAGUGGUCACUCGCCGCAGCGGAGCCGAGCCCCUUCCGGACGGGCCAGGCCUGCACCGCAGGGAGGACCUGGGCGAUGCUUCUUCCCUCCUGGACGCUUUCUUCGGCCGUUGGUUCCGGUAGCGGGACAGACCUCCGCCCUCGGAUCCGGACCCCUCCCUGCGCCAUUUCCUCCAAAGAGAGAUAACUACUAACCAUUAAAGAAAACCUCUUAUUUAUUC